GGAAAUCCGACAUACCUGGCUCAUGGUUACCACGGUAACGCGGAAGCCAAUGAGCGCCCGGCAUUGAGCGUCUCCCUCCGUGCGGGCCGCCAACCGGCUUGUGUGUGAGCUGGUCUGGGUAGUUAAAAAGAACAAGGUGGUUGCCUGGUGAGGGGCUGGCCUGGAACGCCCUUGUUAAGUGAGCAGAAACCAGUUAGCAAAGUCCUGGCGGAGAAAAACUAUCACUUCCCGGCACAAUAUUUAACUUUUAACGGUUUGCUGAGAAGCACAACUUUGCAAAACCUAAUGACAGCCGUGCUCUCCACCUAAUGAACAAAUGUGCCCAGACUGUAAUGGAAGAACUGGAGGACAUUGUGAUUGCAUAUGGACAAAGUGAUGAAUACAGCUUUGUGUUCAGGAGGAAAAGCAAUUGGUUUAAAAGAAGAGCCAGUAAGUUCAUGACUCAUGUGGCCUCCCAGUUCGCCUCCAGCUAUGUGUUUUAUUGGAAAGAUUACUUUGAGGACCAGCCUCUUCUGUAUCCCCCAGGCUUUGAUGGAAGAGUUGUCGUGUAUCCUAGCAACCAGACUUUAAAGGACUACCUCAGCUGGAGGCAAGCAGAUUGUCACAUCAAUAAUCUUUAUAAUACAGUUUUCUGGGCACUUAUUCAACAAUCUGGACUAACACCAGUACAAGCCAAAGAUAGAUUACAGGGAACUCUUGCAGCAGAUAAAAAUGAGAUCUUGUUUUCUGAAUUCAAGAUCAACUACAAUAAUGAGCCGCUGAUGUACAGGAAAGGGACUGUGUUGAUAUGGCAGAAGGUGGAUGAAGUCACGACAAAAGAAGUUAAGCUGCCAGCAGAAAUGGAAGGGAAAAAGAUGGCUGUAACCCGGACCAGAACGAAGCCAGUACUCUUACACUGUGAUAUCAUUGGGGAUGCUUUCUGGAAGGAACAUCCAGAAAUCCUUUAUGAAGACAGCUGACACUCUGCUCUUUAAUUCUGCUGUGUUUAACCAUGCAAGGCUCCCAGGUCUUCUUGCCUUAGGUGGCCCUAGCAUUCCUGCCACCCAGAACUGUACCAGAAAUGACAUGACUUGAGUUAGGAGGGAGCAGGGAAGGAAGGAAUUGAUGGGGGUGGUAUAUCUUGUUCUCUUAAGCAGAACACCUUUUUUUGCAAUGUUAGAACAUGAUUUCUGUGGGUUUUUUUCCAAAAUCGUGGUACUAUUUUUAUAAAGUAAGAACUAUUUAAUGCCUUGUGAGAUGAGUCAUUUUUAGAUUGUGGCAUAAGCCUUAUAAAAAUCUGUCAGCUCUUUUCACCUAUGAUAGAAAAGAAGCCCAAACUUUACUCUCACCCACAUAUUCUUAACUAGAGAACCCAGUGACUUUGAAUAUCUCACUUCUGUACCCAUGUACUUGGAUAAUCUUGAUAGACCUGAAGAUAAAUAUGAGUUAAAACCUG